AUGUCAGACACUCCCCCCAUGGCCGCGGCCACUCCCCUCCGUGACAGUACCCCGGAACUCACCGCUAAACGUGAGAAGCGUCAUCGCGAAGAUGACGAUGAUGAUCGUGACAGGACUAGGUCGUCGCACCGUCACGAAGAGCGAUCCCGCCGCCACAACCCCGAGGACGAAUCCGAUGAAGAACGCGAGGAACGCCGUCGUCGCCGCCGCGAGCGCGAGCUGAGGGACCGCGAGGAUGACAGUCGCAGGCACCACCGCGAGCGCGAGCCGCGCAGCGAACGUAGCGACCGAGACCGAGACCGUGAACGCGAUUAUGAACGUAGCGAGCGCAGUGAGCGCUCGGACCGUAAUGAUCGCGACUACAGGGACAGAGACCGUGACCGUGAACGCGAACGCGACCGCGACCGCCGGCACCGAGACGACGACCGCCGCGAGGCGCGCGAUGGACGCGACCGAGACAGCCGCGACUCGCGCGACAGGCGCCGCCCUUCGCGCUCCCCUCCUCGUGUCCGUGACAUGACGCGUGAGGAGAAGGAACGCGAGCGUGAGCGCCGCGACCGCGAGAUGAUGGAAGAGCGCCGCGAGGCCGCCCGUGGUCAGCGCCGCAGGUCCCCUUCUCGCGACCCCGUGGACCAGUAUAACAAUGUGGUUGACGCCGAGCAGCGCACCAUUUUCGUGUCCCAGAUUGCCGCACGCCUCACGUCUUCGGACCUGGGGCUCUUCUUCGAGGACAAGCUCGGCCGUGGCUCGGUGCGCGAUGCCCGGGUCAUUACCGACAAGGGACGCCGCUCCAAGGGUAUUGGAUACGUCGAGCUCGCAACUGUGGAUCUCGUCAACAAGGCGCUGGCAAUGUCUGGUACCGUUGUGAUGGGUAUUCCCAUGCAGAUUGGCCUCACAGACGCAGACAAAAACCGCGAGGGCAUCGACCUCAAGUCUCUUCUCGCGUCGAUGAGGAACGACCGUACGGGCCGUCGUGAUGGCGGCGACCGUCGUGACCGCCGCCCUCGCUUCCCUCCUCUCUCCAUUGGCCUCCAGCUUCCUCCUGGUCUCGACCCCGAGGCACACUCUGGUGCAUCCAUCCCUUACCACCGCGUCUACAUCACCAACCUGUCAGACUCGCUCAACAAGGAGGACCUUCGUCAGGUGUUUGAGCCUUUCGGAGACAUUGAGUUUGUCGACCUCCACACCGACGUCACCGGCAACUCGAGGGGCACCGCUUAUGUGCAGUUCCGCGAGCUCGCAUCUGCUCAGAUGGCUCUCGAUGCCAUGCACGGCUUUGAGCUUGCUGGGCGUACCAUCCGCGCUACUGCUGUCGAGGAGCGCCAGGCCGGGAUCGAGGACGUCAUUGCCGACGGCGGCCGUGGCGGUGGUGGUGGCCGUCUUGACGCCGCAGGCCGUCGCGAGCUCAUGUACAAGCUUGCGCGCACGGAGAUGCCCGGCACGGCUGCGUCGCGUCCUGCACCGGUCGCGCCCAAACCCUCUCUCAUGCGCCCCACGCACUUUCUCCAAGUCGGCAACAUGUUCAACCCAGACGAAGAGACCGAGCGCAACUGGGACUUGGAUCUUGCCGAGGACGUCAAGGGCGAGGUCGAGAGCAAGUAUGGCCACGUUGCGCGCGUCAAGGUCGACAAGAUGAGCCAGGGCGACGUCUACAUCGAGUUUAUGGACAUUGAUUCGGCUGAGCGCGCCCAGCGUGGCCUUGGUGGACGUUUCUUUGGUGGCCGCCAGCUCGAGGCGCAGUACAUUUCCGAGACGCUUUUCAAGGCUCACCUGUGA